AUGUGGCUUUCUGUAGCGUCACGUGUGGUGGUGCUCCGCUGCGGCGCUCCGCCGGAGCAGCUGCACAAGCUGCGUGUAUUUCUUGCAUCGGUCCUGUUCCUUUUCGGCGGGCUGUGUCUCGUGACGGCAUCAUCCUUCGCAGCAGCGGAAAUGGGAGCUUCGCUGGAGUCGAAGGCGAGGAGCCAGGCAACGGAGCUUCUCACGCACGUGACCUUUGCCAGCUGCAAUCGCCAGAGCCAUGAUCAGUCCUUCUGGAUGACGAGUAUCGCCUCCACGAUCGCUGCGCAAUGCGAGAGGGCCGGCGGCACUAACAGCAAGCCCCACACAGACCUCCUCCUAUGGCUCGGCAACGCUGUCUACGCAGACGUCGAUGAGGCCGGCGUGGCCCUGAGCCUCGCGCGCCCCUCACACGGCGUCGAGCAGGAGUACAAGCUCCUCACUGAAAAUCCGUACUACCGCGCAUUUGUCGAGGAGGUCGUUGGCAAGGACGGGCGUGUGAGCGGCAUCUGGGACGACCGCGACCUCGGCCGGCGCGGCGCGGACGGCAGUUACACUCAGUCAGAGGUCAUUCGACGGUUGUACCUGACAUACAUUUGGAAGGGGUACCCGCUCGCCGUAAAGGACGCCACUGGUGAUGGCACCCCCGGGGCGCUGUACUCCUUCACUGGCAUCCCUGCCCCCACAGACGCGCCGCUCGCGGCACACUUUGUGCACAGCGUCUGCAUAAUAACUCUCGACGUGCGGACGCAGCGGACGGCGCCGCCGAACCUGAUAGAUGCACUCCUGCGUAGCAGUGAGGAGGCUGACCUGCGCCCCCGCGGUAGUAAGGCUGCCGCGCUGGACGCUAAGCUAGCUGAGAUCCGCGACGUGCGCGCACGGGUGAUGGAGGCCGACCUACUUGGACGACGGCAGUGGGCAUGGCUGGAGCGCACAUUCGCCACGUACCUGGCGCCGACUGCGCGCAGCCCCGGUGAUGCAGCGGGUCGUGCGCACUGCGCGGUCACUCUCAUCGCAUCACCGUGGCAGAUUCUGCUGAACGACAACAAACCCUUUGAGGGCUGGGACCUCUACCCCGCCUCCCGCAGUCGUCUGCUCCUCCUGCUGAAGAAGUACAAAGUCGAGCGCUUUGUUUUUCUGUCUGGGCACGCAGAAGUUGGCGAGCUCGGCGUGAUGCAGCGGUCAUCAAAGGAGGGCACUCGGGUUGAAAGUCCGACGGCGACCCUCACUGGCAGCUUCCCGAGAGAGUCGCCGACCCUGCCGGGGUCGAAGCUGCUGCCGCUGCGGCGGUCGACCCUCGUGGAGGUGACGAGCAGCGGCCUUACUCACACCGUGCGCGAGGCACCCUUGGUGGGAUGGCUGGCGCACUGGCUCACGACCUCGCGGAUGGAAGACGACGCAAAGGGCAAUGGCCGGACUCAGCGGCACCUCUUCCUGACACGCAAUACGACGAUGGAGCGGCAGUUCGGAACGGUGCAGGUGAUUGGGGACCGAGUGGCGGCGGCGCGGCACACCAAUGUAGUAGCAGGCUCACGCGAGGAGGUGCUUGCGCGGACAAGAGUGCUCGUCACACUCCACAGUGUGCAGCGGGCUGGCGCACCCCUCAUCACGUUGGAGCGCACGUUGGAGAGUUUGCCGUCCUACGCGGUGGAGCCGUUGGAGGAGGAAGCGAAGGAAGACGAUGCGGUGAAGGCAAUCGACCUCUACGACGCGACUCAUUUACCCCAAUUCAACGUGUACAGCGACCCUGGCUACUAUCCGUGGCUGAAGCGGCGUAUGGCAGCGUGGCAGUGCGCGGAGGUCCCCUGUGUCAGUGGUCAGCACUUUAUGCUUCUGAGGGUAAUAGCGAACCUGGCACUCGCCUUUGCGGUAGUGCUGGUGUUCCUUGCUGCAGUUUACUACUACCAACUGAAGCACCGCGACAUCCACGAGGAGGACGGGGUGAAGUUGAAGCAGGACUGA